CAACAAACAAACAAAGCAAAGCAAAAAGGGGAAAUAAUUCGAAAAUUACGCAGCGCAGAUGGAUCACCAAGCAACAGGCGGAGGCGCCGUCCAACCGGGCAGGUCUCCAGCUCAUGACCACGACUCGGACCAGCUACUGGAUCCCGUGCUCUUCUCAAACGACAAUGGCAAUUUUAAGUUGAACACAGUGCCUGCAUUUAGCCUUCAUCUGCUUAUCUCUACGGCGAUUUCGUUGGUGGGCAUCGUACUGGCGGCCUCGUUUCCAGCAGAUCGGCGCUGUGAUGCCUACUUCAUCAUGCUAUACCUACGGGCCACCUUCUGGGUAAUCACAUAUCUCUUUGAUCACUUUGUGAAGAAGCAACACGACAAUCUACGCUUGAACGGCUACCACGAUUUCCAUCGAGAUACAAACAUGCAGAAGGGGAUUCCCCUGCAGGUAGUGUCGCUGUGGAACUCUAUGCUGCUGGCCGUGCAGGCCCUUAUCCAUCACUUCUACGGCGAGAACUUCUGGGAGCAUUGCGCUGCCGAAUGGCUGUCACCGGUUAGCUAUGUCACCGCCUUCACGAUUGCCGAGAAUGUGGUGCUGGCGGUGUCCCACAGCUGCUAUAUUGAUAAAGUGCGUAAAUUUAACAAAGCUAAGCUGGCUCCGGAUGUUCUGCGUGGUGCAGACCGUGUCGGUGGUUCCCUGGGCCUCAUGCAACCCGGCGGCGAUACCGCCGAGCUCCUAGAGAAGCAAGCGGACCUUAUCGCUUAUUUGCGUGAUCACACGCACAAACUCAACCAGAAGUUGCACCAAAUGCAGACCAAUGUGCGCCCUGUGCGGGCUCCACAGAUUCCUUAAAGACAGCCUAACAGUGACUAUAUAUAUAUUAUUUGUAUUAUCAUAUUAUUUUUGCCGACGGUUCUCUUUUUAUUUAAAAAAAACGAAAACAUCUUUUUCAUGGUGAAGAAAUAUUCUUCAAGUAAAUUAACUGCAGUGUAUGCAAUUGAGCGUUAAACAAAAAAUAUCAAUUUGUAAAUACAGAGAACGUAAUUAAUAAUCCUUGAUCAAUAAUUAAGUCCCUUAUGCUGUAUACUACAAACAGAUGUGUGUGUAUGUGUGAACUUGUUAAAUUAAACAGAUUUAUACAAUGUAA